UUUAACGUUGGUUUUCCAGUAAAACCAUAGAAGAAGAAGAGGAAGCCAUCUUCAGGCGGCCCUUAGGUCGACAGCUACAUUACACUAUAAAGGUCUACACCUUUAUCCGCUUAUUGUUACAGAGGUGGUAGCGUCGGCCCGGAAGUCGUGACAGCAUGGCGGCAGCUGCAGGGCAGUGGGAUGAGCAUCAGGCGUAUGAGGAGCUGCUGUACUGGGACAGCCUCAUACAACAGGGCCACCGUCUCCUCCCGCAUGAUUUUGAAAGAUAUGAGGAACUCCGUUACUGGUAUGACUGCCUGUGCUACGAGGAGGAGCUGAGACAAUAUCAUGAUUACAUUGCUGCUAUGGAGCAUGUUGAGGACAGUCGGCCACAUGAGGACACUGCGGCCCCAAAGGUGCACGCUGGGCCAUAUGAUCGCCAUGUGAUGGCCAAACACUCUGAUGUGUAUCCUUCACCAGAGGAGCUGGAGGCAGUGCAGACAAUUGUCACUCGUGUGGAAUGUGCCCUUAAGACAGUCUCUGACCAGAUGGAUACUGCGAAAGGUGUCAAAAAAUCAACAGAGGCAGGGAGUAAAAGCAGUGAUUCGAAAGAGCGUGUCCUGCGUGGAGUUAUGAGAGUCGGCCUGGUGGCCAAGGGACUCUUGCUAAAGGGUGACAAGGAGCUGGAGCUGGUGCUGCUUUGCUCCAACAAGCCUACCAUCACUCUGCUAAAUCAAGUGUCUGAAAAGUUAUCCGAACAGUUGGAGGCAAGUUCAGCUGGAACGUAUACAGUGACCCCAUGUCCAGGGGAUGCAACCCUUGUUGUGACAACCACUAAGGAGUCAGCUCUGACUCUCACUAUCCACCUGACAUCACCUCUUGUCAGGGCAAUGCAGGAGAAUAAAGCUGCAGAAAGAGAAGAAAAAGGAGAAGAAACGCGAACAGUCAACGAUCCGCCGGACGUUCUGGACAGGCAGAAAUGCCUAACUGCCUUGGCGUCCCUCCGCCACGCCAAGUGGUUCCAGGCCAAAGUGAACAACCUGACUUCUGCUGUCAUUGUGAUCCGGAUCAUGAGAGACCUAUGUAACCGCGUUCCUACAUGGACGCCACUCUCCGGAUGGCCUCUUGAACUGCUGGUGGAGAAGGCUAUUGGUACAUCUGAGAGACCAAUGGGAGCAGGCGAGUCAUUGCGCAGGGUUUUGGAGUGCAUUGCAUCUGGAAUCCUCUUGCAAGACGGCCCUGGAAUGAAAGACCCGUGUGAGAAGGAAACAGUCGACGCCGCUGCAUGUCUGACCCUACAACAGCGUGAAGACAUCACCCAGAGUGCUCAGUUUGCCUUGAGGCUGUGUGCAUUUGGACAAAUGCACAAGGUGUUGGGGAUGGACUACAAACCUACAAAGCCACGGAAAUCAGCAGGAGGCAGCAGAGAUGGCACAGCCCAGAUAACACCUGCUGGACACUACAACUUACCAUCAAAGAGACCUUACACAGAGGUGGAGAAAGAAGGGGAGGAGCCACAACUCAACAGCAAACAGAGGAAGUUUCUCAAGUUCCAGAAGCGCUUUCCAAGGAAAUCAUUCACAGAUGAUUUUAGCAUGAAUGCCGUGAUGCGUCUGAACCAGUACAGACCUGGCCUGGAGUACCGACUCACCUCUCAGACCGGUCCAGUCCACGAGCCAGUCUUCACAAUGGCCGUGGAUGUAAAUGGGAAAACCUACGAGGCAACGGGGCCCUCCAAACGAGCUUCAAAGCUGAAUGUAGCCACCAAGGUCCUGCAGGAUCUCGGCCUUCCGACAGGCUCAGAAUCUAAACCAGAGUCGACUGGUGAUGGUGAAGGAACCCAGGAAUUAGUGAAAGCUGCUAGCACGGUCUCUACUACAUCAGAAGAUAGCGGUCAGGGUCCUAUCUUGACCAAACAUGGCAAGAACCCUGUGAUGGAGCUGAAUGAGAAGCGCCGCAGCCUGAAGUACGAGCUGUCUGCAGAGACGGGGGGCUCCCAUGAAAAGUGCUUUGUCAUGGAGGUGGAGGUUGAUGGACAGAAGUUCAAAGGGAGAGGCUCAAAUAAGAAGGAAGCAAAGGCCUAUGCUGCCCUCGCUGCUCUGGAGAAGCUGUUUCCAGAUGACAAUGGAGUGUCAAAUGCCAACAGAAAUCCUUUAAAGAAGAAGGUCACUUACACCGACAUGCACAUCCCAGGGUUUGGCACUAUCCGUGGCAUUCCCUCAGACUCCGGGACUCGGGGCUGGGGUCCCCACAGAGGUCGAGGCAGGGGCCGAGGCAAACAGUUUCCUGCAGGACCCAGCUAUAACAAGACCAACUACAGUUAUGAGAGCGGCACUGGCGCAGGCUAUCAUAAACUGUAUGGUAACAGUGCAGCCGGCAAUGCAGCCAAAGGCGCUGGCCCCACUGGAUCAGGUGGCAACAGCGGCUACGGCACCUUUUACCCAGAGGGCAGCAACACCUACGCCUCCCCACGCAUCUCUGGCUCCGAUUCAGGCAACAUGAAGGGAGAGAGCUACCAGUCGAUGCCUCCUCCCGCCGACCAGGAGAGCCCCUACAGCUACGGGUAUGGAGAUGAGAAGAAGAAGAUGCUGACCCAGGGUCAGAACGAGGGCCAGGGAGGAGACUACUCUAUGUACAGCACGGCGUACCCCAGCUCAGUGACAGGUGGCCAGACAUAUAAUAACUAUGGCUGGGGAAACCAGUCGUCAUGGGGGAACCAGCAGGGGUAUCAGGGGUACCAGGGCUUUGGAGGACAAAAUGACAGUUCCUACUCUGGAUACGGCGAUAUGAAUUACUAACCAUCACAUCGUGUACAGCCUUUCACAUCUAACUAUGCCACCUUUUGACUCUGUCCACCCUUGAUGAUCAUGCUCCUCGCAUAAAGGUUCUGAAAAGGAAAAAAAAAGUGGUUGUGUUGUCUCUGAAACUGGAUUUUUAUUUUCAACUCAUUUGUUAGUUUUACAGUUGUGGGUGACACAGUUGCAGGCUUUUCUUUUGAUUUAAGUCCACCUGUUUUAUUUUAACCGCAGCGUGUCUUUCAUGCCUGUGUUGACAUGAGUGUAAAAAUACCUGGUUUGUCAUCAUGUUAUGUUUCUGGAGUUGUUGUGUUUUUUAAUCUAGACAACCGGAUCUGUAUCAGUGUGUUGUGGUUUUCAUUUAAAGCUGCUUGUAGUUCUGAACUGAAGGUUUAUUUCUGUCAUGUAAAAUGCUUUGUUCUUUCUUGUAAAAUAAAUGACUCUUAUUUUGAAGUCAAGUUUA